GGUCUCGUCUCGUCUAGUUUUGUCUCCGACGCAACAUCGGAGUCUGAUUUGGACCCACUGAGAACGCAACUGAACUUUUGUGGUGUAUUUUGGUUAUAAGCGAACAAAAUAAAUAAAGAUGAAAGUCACUUUGGCGAUAGCGACUUUCUGCCUGGUGGCCGCCUGCGCCUCAGCGCAAAGGGGCAGAACCACAACAACCACAGGAACCAAGCCGGGUCGCUUCCUCUCGCUGCCCGUGCCCGCCAAGUGCUCUAGCCGCCCCAAGGAGUUCUCCUAUCGCGGCAAAAACAUGUUCCUAAGCACCCAUGUGCCGGCGCUGGCCAACAGGAAGGUCGACUGGUUGGAUGGCCGUAAUCUGUGCCGUGAAUACUGCAUGGAUCUCGUCGCCCUCGAGACCCAAGAGAAAAACAAUCUCAUCUUCCGUGUCAUCCAGCAGAAUGAUGUGCCUUACAUCUGGACAGCUGGACGUAUUUGCGAUUUCGCUGGCUGCGAGAAUCGUCCCGAUCUGGAGCCCAAGUCCGUCUAUGGCUGGUUCUGGUCCGCAACCCGUGAGAAGAUCCAGGCCACCAACCGCAUUCCACAGGGAUGGGGCUACAAUCCCUGGUCGCAGACCGGUCACAAGAAGCGUCCACAGCCCGACAAUGCCGAAUACGACAUCAACCAGACCAAGGAGCAGUGUCCGGUGUUGAACAAUGUCUAUAAUGAUGGCAUCGCAUGGCACGAUGUUGCCUGCUAUCAUGAGAAGCCCGUCAUCUGCGAGGAUAACGAGGAACUGCUGCGCUAUGUGGCGGCCACAAAUCCGGGCAUUCGUCUAUAAGUUUUGCUGAAGAUGUCCAAAUGCUUCUUCGUAUUGUUUGUGUAAUUUUAAAACUACUUAUUAUAAUAAUACUCCUUAAAUGAGUUUUUUUUGUAUAAUUUUGUUUAAUGUGUACGACGAAUGCAAGACAAAUAGACUUUAGAAUUUAUAAUUCCCCCGAUCUUACCACCUAUAUUUUACCACCACAUGUCCAAAAUUCACAAACUCUCCUCCUUUCGAAACUGCCAAUCUUAUCGACUAUCCUAAAAAACAAAAAAAAAAAACAAAGCACAAAACCAACAAAAAACCACAAAUUAUAUUUAUAAACCAAUUUUAAAAUGGUUAAGAGUAUUCACUGAAAUUUCGCUUCGCCUCAAAAUCUCACUAUUAUAUUUUGCCUUCCAAAACAAAGAGAUUGAAUAAAAUGUUGUAAAAAAAAUCCAUAAAAUAAAGAAUUAUAUAAUUUA